GUUAUUUAUUUAUACCCUUGCAUUUUAUGUGGUUCACUGGUUGAUCUAUCUAUUUACUUUAUUCGAGUUGCUUACCUCUAAUUCAAUUUGAUAUCUUUAACACUCUAAAAAUUGUAAGAACAUAUUAAAUUAAUCUCGUCUAUUAGAAUCUCCUAUAGUGGUCAAAAUGAGCCAAGAAGAUAUUAGAAAACAUGUUUUAGAAUUAAUGAACCAAAAGGAUAAGAUAGAAGACGAAAUAAAGCAAUUAACAUCCAUUUUAACUCAAAAUGGGGUGGGAAUGAAUGACCCUUUAGUGGACCCCGAGGGAUACCCCAUAAAUUCGAUAGACGUAUAUCAAGUACGGAAUGCCCGUCACAGAAUAAUAUGUUUACAAAAUGAUCACAAGAACAUCAUGAAACAAAUCGAGAACGGUUUGCAAGGAUAUUACUCUACUUCAAGCACCAGCAACAUGCAAGUUACCCCGAUGGAUACUGAUCGACCAGAGAUUGUGGUUCAUAAAACGCCUUUUGCUAGAGUUACUUUAGUUACUCCAGGAUCUCCAGCCGCUUAUGCAGGAAUUGGUACCGACGACGAGGUUGUUGAAUUUGGAUCAGUGAACUCGACCAAUUUCAAAAACAUUACAGAUAUUGCAACUGUUGUUCAACACUCGGAAGGUUCACAAAUAAACAUUAAAUUGAAAAGGGGUGAGCGGUACCUCACCGUUCAGUUAACGCCUAAGAAAUGGGCUGGUAAAGGAUUGUUAGGAUGUACUAUUGUAGGAUUAUAAUUUUUUUUAAUUUAAUAUUUAUAAAAGUUGUUUUUUUAAUUUUUGUAUAAUGUAACACUGUAAUAA